AUGAGCGUGGUCUGCCGUUCCCGUGGCAGCAGGAGUGCUGGGACUGGGCCGAUUCUCCACGGAUGUCGUCUUAAGCAGGCAGACGCCUUCACUGAAGGAUUCCCUUCUAGAUCUACUGUUUCAUCUCCUGAGAGGAUGGGAGGGAGAUGA